AUGGAAUACCACGCACCAGCGCCGCAGCGCAUGGUAUUGUGCGCUGAUUGCGGUAUACCUAUUGAGCCCAACAAUGCAAAUCGAUGUGUGAACUGUUUGCGAAACAGUAUUGAUAUUACAGAACUGAUUCCUAAGACUGCUACGAUCAACUUUUGCAAGAAUUGCGAGAGAUACUUGAAUCCGCCCAAUACAUGGGUCAUUGCUGAGCUUGAAAGCCGUGAACUUCUCGCUAUUUGCUUGAAGAAGCUCCGUGGUCUUAAGUCUGUGCGUCUAAUCGAUGCCAACUUCGUGUGGACCGAGCCACACAGCAAAAGACUGCGCGUCAAACUUACAGUGCAGAAAGAGGUGUUCACCUCAACAAUUCUAGAGCGUGCUUUUGAAGUUGAAAUCAUUGUACAAUAUGGCCAGUGCCCCGAUUGCACUCGUCUCGCAGCCAAAAACAUGUGGCGUGCAGCCGUGCAAGUCCGUCAGAAGGUACCGCAUAAGCGUACUUUCUUGUACUUGGAGCAGCUUAUUCUGAAGUACAAUGCGCACCGCGAAACCGUAUCUGUUCAGGAAAAGAAGGAUGGUCUCGACUUUUUCUACGUGCAGCGUGCCCACGCCAUCCGCAUGUGUGAGUUCCUUGCGAGUGUUGUGCCAGUUCGUUCUACCAAAUCAGAGCAGUUGAUCAGCAUGGAUGUGCACACAAGUUCGAGUAACUACAAAUUCACCUACAGUGUAGAAAUUGUGCCAUUGUGCAAGGAUGACUUGGUGUGCCUACCGCUCCAUGUCGCGCGUUCCCUUGGUAAUAUUGGACAGUUUGUGUUACCCUUCCGCAUCAGCAAUGUGAUCAAACUCAUUGACCCUGUCACACUCCAAAUGGCUGAUCUGACGGCUGAAAAAUAUUGGCGUGAGCCAUUCCCUGCACUCUGCACCAUCCCUGAAAUGGUCGAAUUCCUUGUGCUCGAUAUUGAGCCUCUCGGAACAGUGGCCCACGGACCCCACGGACAGGUCAUGCAUAAAUUUAUGGCUGCGGAUGCACAGGUAUCGCCGCUACAUGCCAAUACGUUUGGCGAGUCAGACGCCGUGUUUUACGUGCGUACGCAUCUGGGACAUAUCCUGCAGCCCGGCGACACGGUCAUGGGUUAUUAUCUCGCCACGUCGAAUUUCAACUCUGCAAUCUACGAUGCCGUACCAGAAGAACGGCGACCAGAUGUGGUUUUGGUGAAAAAGAGCUACCCAGAGCGCAAGCGCCGAUCCAAGCGCAACUGGAAACUUAAGAGCAUUGCCAAGGAAGCCGAUGACCCGACUGCCAGUGAACACUAUACGGGACGCGGUGCACUCGGUCGUCGCGGAGGUUUGGACUCGCAGCGUGUCGAGCAAGACUACGAACUAUUCCUUCGUGACCUGGAAGAAGACGACGAAAUGCGUGCGAAUGUCAACUUGUACAAGGACAAGGUACGCAUGGCUCAGGAAGAGGAGCGUCGUCGUCGUCGCGAGGUCGCGUACCGCGACCCACAGGCUAUGGAUGAUGAAGAUGAGCCAGCUGGUGAGCCUAUGGUCGAUGGCGAUGACGGCUUGACGACCGAUAACGAAAGCGAGUAUGGCUCGGACAGUGAGUUGCCGCGUGUUCAGCUCGAUGAGCUGCUGGAUGAUAUGGACGAAAUGGCUAUUGAAGAGCAGGAGUAG